AGCCGUCUCCCUCCUCCUCUCCUCUUCUCCUGCGAGAUGGGCUGCCUGCUGGCCCUGACCCCGACCUACCUGGCCUGCCUGCUGGCCUUCGUGUUUGGCUCGGAGCGCCAGCAGCACCACGUGCAGCACGGCCCCUGCCGCUACACCUUCGUCCUACCUGAGGUGGAGCACUGCCGCCCGCUCAGGGAGUUUGAGGUAACCAACACCCUCCAGAGGGACUCACCGCCACAGGCUGACAUGGGCCACGCCGAGCAAGCCGAGGCCCAAACUGCAAGGCCCUCCUGGCAGGAGAGGAAGCUGGAGAGUCUGGAGAGCGCCACCGAGAACAACACGCUGUGGCUGCAGAAGCUGGAGAACUACAUCCAGGAAAACGUGCGCUCUGGCAUGGAGGAGAUGAAGAGGAACGCUGUCCACACCCAGACGGCCGCCAUGUUGGAGAUGGGGACCAACCUCCUCAGCCAGUCGGCGGAGCAGACUCGCAAACUGACAGACGUCGAGACGCAGGUGUUGAACCAGACGAGUCGUCUGGAGAUCCAGCUGCUGGAGUACUCACUAUUCACAAGCCGACUGGAGAAACAUAUUCUGCUGCAGACCCAGGAGAUCGCCCGCCUCAAUGACAAAAACAGUGUUCUGGAGCAGAGGUUCUUAGCGCUGGAGGUGCGGUAUGGGAGGGAGCUGCAGGGACUGCAGAAGGAAAAGCAGCAGCUUCAGGGGCAUCUGGAGCGGCAGAGCGGACUGGUCAGCCAGCUCCAGGGUGAACUGGGCAGCUCCAUGCACAACAGCACCGUACUGCAGAGACAGCAGGCCGUGCUCAUGGACACAGUUCAACAGCUGCUGGCUACUGUCAACCGCUGCAAUGAGAUUUCCGCUUUGCCCCAGGAGGAGCCGACCAUUUUGAGGGACUGUGCGGAGAUCCUGCAGUCUGGAGCAACAGAGAACGGCAUAUACAGCAUACGUCUCCCUAACACAACCCAAAAUGUUAAGGUGUUCUGUGACAUGAAGACAAGAGGCGGAGGCUGGACGGUGCUGCAGCAUCGAAUCAACGGCUCGGUUGACUUCCACCGUGGAUGGAGGGACUACAAAAUGGGUUUCGGGGAACCGUCGGGGGAACACUGGCUGGGGAAUGACGUCAUCCACAAACUGACCAGCUCCAAGGACUAUAGUCUCCAUGUCCAACUAAAAGACAGAGAGGGAAACGACGCCUUCUCGCAUUAUGACCACUUCCACAUAGAUGGAGAGGAGAGGAGCUACAGCCUUCAUGCCGAGGGCUUCAGCGGCACGGCAGGCCGCACCAGCAGCCUCACCCACCCUGGCACCCAGUUUAGCACCAAGGACAGAGACAACGAUCGCUGCACCUGCAAAUGUGCCCAGAUAGCAUCAGGAGGUUGGUGGUUUGAGGCUUGUGGUCCAUCCAACCUGAACGGCAUGUACUACCCGGCCUCCACCAGCGUGGUUCGCUACAACGGCAUCAAGUGGUACUACUGGAAGGGUCCGAAUCUGAUCGCCACCACGACCACCAUGAUGGUGCGCCCUGCAAACUUUUGA